UCUCUACCACCCCCAGCCCCCUCUCUAGAAAAAAAGAAAAUAUAUACAAGUCUCAUUUACAUUUAUAUAUACAUAUAUACUUCAACAUCAAAAGCAUCAAAAACAAACGCAUGAAUAAAACAAAGUUUCUUUCUUUGAAACUUUAUUUUUUGUAAACAAGAAAACAAAGGGAGGGAAAGUGUGGAGAACUAGAAGUGAUAUUCUUCGAGAAUGUGGAGAAUGUCAAGGAUGAAAAUACCAUUAUUAUUAUUUGUUGUAUUUUCUUGUGUUUGUUCUUCAAUUAAUGCAGCUGUAUCUUAUGACGAUAAAGCAAUUAUCAUCAAUGGCAGAAGAAGAAUCCUUAUGUCUGGUUCCAUUCAUUAUCCAAGAAGCACACCUGAGAUGUGGCCUGACCUUAUAAAAAAGGCCAAAGAUGGAGGCUUAGAUGUAAUACAAACUUAUGUAUUUUGGAAUGGACAUGAACCAUCACCUGGCAAGUACAAUUUUGAGGGGAGGUAUGAUUUGGUCAAAUUCAUAAAGUUGAUACAACAAGCAGGCCUCUAUGUCAAUCUACGAAUAGGCCCUUAUGUUUGUGCUGAAUGGAAUUUCGGAGGAUUUCCUGUUUGGCUUAAAUAUGUACCUGGAAUGUCUUUCAGAACAGACAAUGGACCUUUCAAGAUUGCAAUGCAAAGGUUCACAGAAAAAAUAGUCAGCAUGAUGAAGUCAGAGCAACUAUUUGAACCUCAAGGAGGUCCAAUUAUUAUGUCUCAGAUAGAAAAUGAGUACGGGCCGGUUGAAUGGGAGAUUGGUGCCCCAGGAAAAGCUUACUCUAAAUGGGCAGCCAAAAUGGCGGACGGUCUAAAAACCGGUGUCCCAUGGAUCAUGUGCAAACAAGAAACUGCCCCUGAUCCAAUGAUCGACACAUGUAAUGGUUUCUACUGUGAAAAAUUCACUCCUAACAAGCCAUACAAACCUAAAAUGUUUACAGAGCUAUGGACUGGCUGGUUCACGGAAUUUGGUGGUCCGAUUCCUACCAGACCUGUAGAAGAUAUAGCAUAUGCAGUUGCAAGAUUCAUACAGAAUAACGGUUCUUUUGUCAAUUAUUAUAUGUACCAUGGAGGAACAAAUUUCGGCCGCACAGCAGGGGGUCUCUUCAUCACAACAAGUUAUGACUAUGACGCUCCUAUAGAUGAGUAUGGAUUACUAAAUGAACCGAAAUAUGGGCAUUUAAGAGAUUUACACACAGCCAUAAAACUAAUUGAGCCAGCUCUAGUUUCAGCUUAUCCUACUGUUACCUAUCCUGGAAAGAAUCAAGAGAUACAUGUAUUUCAACCAAAAUCUGGGGGUUGUGCUGCAUUUCUCUCAAACUUUGACCCACAAUUUUCAGCAAAAAUGACCUUCGGAAAAUCCCAAUAUGAUCUCCCUCCUUGGUCCAUUAGCAUUCUCCAUGACUGCAAAGAUGAAGUUUUCAAUACUGCAAAGGUUAAGGCUCCAACCACACAAAAAAAGAUGACCACUGUUGGGACCUUUCAUUGGCAAUCAUAUAAUGAAGAAGCUCCAUCUUCUGAUGGCGGUGAUACUCUUGCAAUGGAGGGGUUGUACGAGCAGCUAAAUGUUACCAGAGAUGCCUCUGACUACUUGUGGUAUCUUCAAGACGUGAAUAUAUCGCCGAAUGAGCAGUUUUUAAAAACAGGGCAGUUCCCUGUGCUCACAGUUAUGUCAGCAGGUCAUGCUUUGCACGUUUUUGUCAACAACCAACUUGCAGGAACCGUAUGGGGAUCCCUAAAAAAUCCAAAGUUAACUUUCAGCCAAAAUGUGAAGUUGAGAGCCGGUGUUAACAAGAUCUCUUUGCUUAGUGUUUCUGUGGGCCUAUCGAAUGUUGGCACACACUUUGAGACAUACAACGUGGGGAUUCUAGGACCAAUCACCUUGAAAGGUCUAAAUGAGGGUACCAGAGACUUGACAAAGCAAAAAUGGUCUUACAAGGUUGGUUUAAAGGGUGAAACUUUGAGUCUCAAUACACUUGAUGGAAGUUCCUCUGUUGAGUGGCUACAAGGAUCUGCUGUGGCUCAAAAGCAGCCUCUUACUUGGUACAAGGCUACCUUCAACGCUCCAGAGGGCAACGAACCACUAGCUUUAGAUAUGAAUGGCAUGGGAAAAGGUCAAAUAUGGCUCAACGGAGAGGCAGUUGGGAGACACUGGCCUGGCAACAAAGCUCAUGGGAACUGUAAUAAAUGCAGUUACACUGGUAUUUAUAAUGAGAACAAAUGCAACCAAUACUGUGGAGAUCCAUCUCAAAGAUGGUAUCACGUUCCCCGUUCUUGGUUAAGGCCGACGGGUAACUUCCUGGUUAUUUUUGAGGAAUGGGGAGGCAACCCAGAUUGGAUCUCUUUGGUCAAAAGAACAACUUAAAUGCUAUUUGGUUAAACCUUUCAGUGGAUUUCAUAGGUUUAGUAAAUAUACAUAAAGAUGAUAAAAGAAGUAAAAAAUAACUAUUGGUUACUAUCGGCAGUGGAAAUGUAUAGGAGUACCUCUUGCCAUAUUGGCCAGCUUAAGAGAAGUAUAGUUGUAUUUGUUUGCAUGAACACAAGUUCAGUAUUGUAAGAAGUGUAUUUUGUAUAUUAUAUGAUCCAACAGUGUAUUUCUAUUUUUAAAGACUGAA